GUUACAUAGUUAGGGUGAUAAAAUGCAGCCUUGCCUUACCUCCUUGCAUAGACUUGGUAGAAUUUUCUUGAUAACCCAUCAAUUUCUCCAGACUUGCCACUCUUUUCAGUGUUUUACUACAUUUUAAACCGCAGCCACUACCUCACUACAUUCAUAUGAUUCCCCUUUUCUUCCUUUCCAGUCUCCUCUUCCUCCUCCUCACACUCCUUGAGGUAUUUCUAUACUGCAGCAUCAGAAGAUAACAAAUGGCUUUCUUCGUUCAUCAUUGUUGGAUAUGUGGAUGACCAGCGGAUCUGUCAGUAUGACAGCAUCGUGAGAGAGAAGCGUCCUUGUGUUCCCUGGAUGAGUAAGGUGGAGGAAGAGGAUCCCUCCUACUGGGCAGAAGAAACUGAGGUGUCACGGAAUUCUGAACUGUUUUUCAAAGAGAGCCUGGUGACUGCAAAGAAUCGUUACAACCAGAGUGGAGGGUUCCACACUCUGCAGCAGAUGUACGGCUGUGACCUGAGGAAAGAUGGGAGCAAAGCAGGAUACCGACAGUAUGCCUACGAUGGGAAGGACUUCAUCAGCUUUGACAAGGAGACCCUCACCUGGACGGCAGCUGAUGUGAAGGCCCAGAUCACCAAGAGGACAUGGGAUGCUCAAUCAAUGCGCAACCAGUACCUUAAGGCCUAUCUGGAGGAGGAGUGCAUUAAGUGGCUGCAGAAGUACCUGGAAUACGGGAAGGAGACACUGCUGAGGACAGGUGAAGGGGUGUCACCAAGAGCCUGACAGCCUCCAAACAUUCAACCUCCCUUCCAUUUCCCACCAGAAAUUGUACGGUCCACUCUGUCUGUCAGAAAAUGAAACAGAAACACAAAAUCCAAACUUUUUUUAGAAGAAGGAAGGAAAGGGAAGGAAAAAGGAAACCUGACAGCACCAAAUUUACGUCUAACACGGUUGUAUUCCAGUAUGGGCUUUCAUGGAUAUAAAUCCACUUCUUCGGGUGCAGUACUAAGUAGUAUUAAAAUCUCGGACUAUAAAGCAUAUUUAUUAGGGCUGUGCAAAAUUAUCAUUAGUCCCUUAAGUCGUUAGUGAUUUGUUAGAUUCAUGAAAAUGAAUUGCUAUUAAGAAACAUGCAAAAAAAAGGGGAGAAAUAUUUAAGAAUCAAAACACUCACCAAUAGUUUUCAUUAAGUAAUAUUCAGAAGCUUCCCAAAGUCAGUUUAAUUUUCAGUAUAAGCGUUAAGCAAUUUUGGUAAAGCCAAAAAGGCCAUUGCCAGACCGAGACUGCUUGCCGGAUGCUAUAAGAAGGGCCGCUAGCUGGGCUGGGCAGGAGGCUGAGAACACAACAUUCUGGGAAAUGUAGUUCUCUGGCAGAGAAUGCAAAAGGCCCUGACCUAAACUACAUUUCCCAGAAAGCCCAAUGAGGGCUCCAGCAGCCAGCCAUUUAGUCAUUCUAAUAAUCUAUAUAUAUAAAAGAGUGAUGGCAUCACGGCGACCCACAAAACAACAAAACUACAGGCCCCCCAACCUCGAAAUUUGACAACACAACCCAUCAUCCACGCCUCUAGGUUGAUACAACAAAAAGAAAAGAAAAGAAAAAUAAAGUCCUAAUUAGAGGGAGAGGAAUGAUUGCUUUUAUCCAAUUGCUGCCAGUUAGAAGGCUAAGCUCCGCCCACUUGGUCUCCUAGCAACCCAAUAAAAAUAAUAAAAAACAC